AUGGGCGGCCUACAGGGUGAGACAAACAGAGACAGAGCACUCUGCGGCCGGUCCUCGUCUGGAUCGCUAUUACCUAGAAGAGCCUCCGCCGAGGUGGCGGCAAGCCACGGGAGGGGGAGCGAGGAGUCGCGUGACGAAGACGCUCUCGUUCCCAGUUUCGGUGGCGUGCGACACCAGUCUACGAAGAUAACAGACAAAGGGGCGGCCGACACCCUCUCGUGUUCCCAGGAUAUAUGUUCGAAUUUGAAAGCCCUCGCUUUCGGUGCUCCGCUGCCUUUUAGCGAGGAUUUGAGACGCCAAUGGGAGCUUGCUUCUGAUUCUGCAUUUGAACGUGGCGGGCCGUCGAAGCCAGUCUCCCGCGUGGCACACGACUCCGACGACAGGGGUGAAGCAGAGAAAGGGGGCUACAGCGGCGGUUGGCAGCAGCACCAGCCGCGUAGAAGGGCGGAGGAAGGCAAGGGGGCGUGUAGGGAGCCAGCGUCAGCCCUAGGAGUUGAACCACAGCAAAGCCCCGCUCCAGAGCUGAAAAAAAGCGAGUCUACCUUGCUUGAGGAUACCCUUCCACUAGGAACGAGUGCAGUCGAUUUUUCAAGGGAAGCCUCAAUACCUUCCGCAAAACAAGAGAGCAUGACAUCCUGUGGUCAAAGCGUCACAGAGAACACUCAUUUGAAGGGAAGAUCCCAGCCAGCUUCUGGCGUUGUGGCCGAGGGGGCAUGCAGUAAAGGCAUUACUGAUUGCGAGAUGGCUGCAGGGAAUACAGGAGAAGCCGAGAAACACACGAUGGAGGAUACUCGUGAAGGGGAUGGCCUGGCGCCGGGCUUGCGGCAGCAGACGGCGCUGGUGGGGGGCCAUCCCAAGGCUGAGCCCUCAUGUACUACCUCGGGCGUGACUCCAAACGAAAAUGCAGGUGACCUGAGCACCCCAGCUGAUGAGCGGCGGGCAUCGACGGGUGGAGACAGCACUCGCAGGGCCGGAGGUGGACAGGAGGACGAUGCUGAGGGAGUGCAGUCUGCAGAUUGUGGACGAAGAGAGAGCGGCGGUAGCUCCAGUGGUAAUCCGAUCCGCCUCGUGAGGGCUUAUUCGCAGUACUACAAAACAAAGAUGUGCUUGUACGUCGUGCAAGGGCGAGUCUGUGCCCGUGGGAGCAAAUGCGUGUAUGCGCACAGCGAAGAUGAGCUACGAGAGCCGCCCAACCUAGAGAAGACGCGGCUCUGCCCCGCCUUCAAGCAGACGGGCAGCUGUACCAACCAAGAGACCUGCGCCUACGCGCAUAGCUCGGCUGAACUUCGCCACACUGUUACUGUGUUCAAAACGAAAAUAUGUCACAUGUGGAACAAAGGAAAGUGCGGAGCAGGUACUGCAUGCCGCCACGCCCAUGGCCUAGAAGAGCUGAAACGUCAUAGGCAACGGAGCCAACAAGAGCUCGUGGCGCUUUCACGAGGAGGGAACCUCCAGCCGGAGUCCAAGGCCGUGGAGGAUGGUGCGUGGCACAGUAGCCAUAUCCGCCACCAAACUGAGGAGACGACGGCGAAACAGGUUGGAGACCAGAAACAGGUUUUUCCGGAGGUGGAGAGCAUGUGCGACGCCAGCGGUAGUGUCCAUGGAGUGGGAGACACCAAGGAUGCAAAGGCGGAGCCGAGAGAAGAUCACCUCUCCGGUCACAUAGAGGCAGAGGGUGGCCACCGCCUGCCUCAGAGGCAGACUCAGGCGGCGGAUCAAUCUCCGGCACCGAAAGAGCGCAGAUCCCGGGGAGGUCGUCGAGCACAUGCUGCAGGGGUUGAAGCAGCGGGACUCGCAGGUGGGCGGCAGCUUGCCGAUGUUGUGACAGACCAGGAGAAGGGUUUCCUUGUAACCGAUGCUUGUCCAGAGAGCGGGGCAAGUGAAAGAGCAACGCAGUGCCCCACUGCUGCUCAAGGAAAAGAGCAACAUCACUCAGAGUGCGUUCCUGGGGGUCUCGAUCGCGAAAAAGUUCACUCAGGCCACCGAUCCGGCCAUACUUCUCCGGGAUGUGUCUCAGAUCGCGGGAGACAAUCUCCUGCACUGUCCUCGGAGUGCAAAGCGGCAGUGUCUCGAUACUGUCAACCGCGGCCGCGAAACCGCAAGAAAGGAGUCGGGGCGGUUGACUCGUCGGGACGUGCAGAGACCUCAGAAGGUGGGAUGGGGCAGCUUGAUUUUGCGUCGUGGAUUGGCGAGCAGCUGAUUCUUGCAGGGGCUGCGCGUGAUCCAGGCUAUGCGGUGCCAGCACCGCUCACUUCGGAAGCAAGGCUUCCACAGGCUCGUUUACCUGCUCCCCAAACUAUCCGCUCUCCCCCGCGUACAUCACAGCCUGCGGCGACGUGGCAGAUGCCGGAGUACACAGAUCAGCCGAAUCGCACUGUCUGGCAAAGCAGCGGGGUCAGGAGACGGGAUCAGUGGGAUGAGACGACUGAGCAAGUUCCAGCUGCCUUGGCGCAAUAUCUGUCCGCAUUGUUGGCGUCCCGGACGACGGGAUUUCCUCAGCGCCAAGAGCCGAGCUCACCCGCCGUAUCCGAUGUGGCUUCUGCAGCAUAUGGGGUGGUUCGAGGCAUUUCCGCGAUGGCAGUGGAUCCCCCCAGGGCCGUUUUUCCCCAUGCUGGAUCGGACGGGAACGCCUUGCAAGGAUCGACCUGCGAAAGGCAAGCAGGUUCGCGCGUCUGCGCGAAUUUCGGAUCCGUGCCGCCUGCAAGCCAGGGGGGCCACGGCCAUCAGCCAAGUGCUUCGCUAUACGAUCCAACACCGGAGCAGGGCUCCGCCCUCAUUGAGCUCCUGCUUGGAUUUGCUGCAAGAGGCGUUUCCGCAGAUUCCACACAGGGGGCGGCUUCUAUCGCCGAGUCUCGAAUAGAGCAGCCUCACCAUGACCUGCAACAUCGAGAAACAGGCGCCUUACCACCGGUACACAGCUACGGCACACCACGCUCGCCGGAAAACUGGGGGAGUGUGCAGUCCGCGUUGACGGCAUUCCAACCAACGCACCGUGACCCGUGGGGUGCCGCCGAUAUGGCAGGAGUGGCCUCUGCUCCGGCGUUCCCCCCCUCAGGCCCUGCAGUAGCAGAAAUCCUGGAGCUGCUUAUGGAGCAACAGUCUCGCUCUCAAGGGGUAUCGCAGUCGGCGAUGGAACUACUGUCCCGCGAGUCAGUACUGUUUCCCCCUUCAGAUGGAGGAGGGUUUGCGAGAGUGACAGGUUUCGAUGCACCAAGUGCUCCGGAUGGUGUAUCAGGGGCAGAUGAAAGUGGGAACUGCGUGGCUCCAGGUCCGCGAGGGCGAAUGAUGAGAGGAGACCAGCCUUCGCCUGAGUAUUUUCCUCCCUCUGUCGCUCCAUCGAUGCCCUCACGAACUGCCGGUGGGAACGGGCUACCGGAAUAUCCUAUGGUGGGCUUACCCCGGGUGGAGUCUUUUGCUCCACAAGGGCGUCUUUCAACGGCAAAGCUUCCCGUACCUCACCCAUCAGUGGCGCGCGACGGGUUCUAUCGUGGCUCAUCUCCGGCAGCAGGGGCCUACUUUUCAGAACCGCCACAUGUUAGACGCCUUGCAGUCGUUGCUGAGCAGGGUCUCUCGUCUGCUACGGCUCCAAUGCCAUUCAGACUCAGUGCCCAGGGAAGCCACGACGCCCGCACGGACACCCGAGGACCUCCCGGCCUGUCAAGGGGAAUUGGCCUGGGGGGACCGGGUGGCAGCACCGACCAGGCGCCUGCGGGCGCAUACUCAUCUUUCUUGGGGAGCAUCUGUCUGCCUGAUAGUUCUGGGAGGCCCCACACUACCAGGCCUCCUGAGAAGGGUCCAUGA